AUGAUUUUACUUCCGCAACUCAUGAUGCCACACUCAUUCAAUAUCAGUGUAGCCCAUGCAAGGAAAUAAAGUACCGCAGCUGACUGCGUUCAAGUAAACACUGCAUGAAAAGGUGCACUCGUUUAAUUCUGCACUUGAAGCCGGACAGCGGGCCUCGUGUGAGGACUCAUCAUGUCUCUGCUCACAGUUGGAAGCGUCCUGCUGCUGCUGUUUGGACAUUCACUCGGGGCACCUCCUUCAUUCAGCGUGGAUUACAAGAAUGACUGCUUUCGGAAAGAUGGGGAAGAGUUUCGUUACAUAGCAGGAAGCAUCCAUUACAGCAGGAUCCCCAGAGUCUACUGGAAGGAUCGACUGCUCAAGAUGUACAUGGCAGGACUGAAUGCCAUCCAGACGUAUAUCCCUUGGAACUACCACGAGGAGUCUCCAGGCCGGUACAGUUUUAGUGGAGACAGGGAUGUGGAAUAUUUCCUUCAGCUGGCCCAAGACAUCGGCUUAUUGGUAAUCCUUCGGCCUGGACCUUACAUAUGUGCAGAGUGGGAAAUGGGUGGGCUGCCUGCCUGGCUUCUCAACAAGAAAGACAUUGUGUUGCGGUCCUCAGAUCCAGAUUACACCGCAGCAGUAGAUCAGUGGAUGGGGAAGCUAUUGCCAAUGAUAAAACCUUAUCUCUACCAGAACGGAGGUCCUAUCAUCACUGUACAGGUGGAGAAUGAAUAUGGCAGUUAUUUCGCCUGUGACUACAACUACAUGCGUCACCUGACCAAGCUGUUCCGGUCUCACCUGGGCGAAGAGGUGGUGCUCUUCACCACAGAUGGAGCUGGGCUUGGCUACCUCAAGUGUGGCUCCAUACAAGAUCUCUAUGCCACUGUUGACUUUGGGCCAGGUGGAAAUGUAACCGCUGCCUUUGAUGCACAGAGACACGCUGAACCUCGUGGACCUUUGGUGAACUCUGAAUUUUACACUGGCUGGCUGGACCACUGGGGGUCACUUCACUCCGUCGUGUCAUCUGCCAUAGUGGUCAAGUCCCUCAACGAGAUUCUGGCCGUGGGAGCAAACGUAAACCUGUACAUGUUCAUAGGAGGAACAAACUUUGGAUACUGGAAUGGUGCCAAUACACCAUACGACCCGCAGCCCACGAGCUACGACUACGAUUCCCCGCUCACGGAAGCAGGAGACCUCACAGAGAAGUACUUUGCUAUUCGAGAGGUGAUCAAAAUGUACCGUAAGAUACCAGAGGGACCAAUACCACCAACAACUCCAAAGUAUUCAUAUGGGACUGUUGUGAUGAAAAAGCUCCAGACAAUAUCAGAUGCCUUAGAAACGCUGUCUUUCUCUGGCCCCGUCAAAAGCAUGUAUCCUCAGACUUUCAUUGAACUGAACCAGGCCUUUGGUUUUGUGCUCUACAGGACGACUCUGCCUGUUGACUGCAGCACACCAACUCCACUGUCGUCUCCACUGAAUGGCGUCCAUGAUAGAGCGUAUGUGUCAGUGGACGGGGUGGCUGUGGGGAUUCUCGAAAGGAACAAAGCCAUAACGGUCAAUGUGACGGGGAAAGCUGGCAGUCAGGUGGACAUACUGGUGGAGAAUAUGGGCCGAAUCAACUAUGGAAAAUACAUCAAUGACUUUAAGGGUCUGGUGUCCAACCUGACUCUGGGGACAGAAACGCUCCUCGGCUGGACCAUGUACAGCCUCAGUAUUGAUGAAGCAGUCAGUCAGGGCCUUCUCGGUAAAAGGAAACCAACAGACACACCUCAGCCUGCUACUCACUCUCUUCCCGCCUUCUACGAGGGAAGAUUCAUCAUUCCUGACGGCAUCCCAGACCUCCCGCAGGACACCUACAUCAAACUGCCCAAAUGGAGGAAGGGGCAAGUUUGGAUUAACGGCUUCAAUUUAGGACGUUACUGGCCGACUCGAGGCCCUCAGGUGACUCUUUUUGUCCCUGCCAACAUCCUCAGUACAGCUGCACCCAACAAUGUGACUGUCCUGGAGCUGGAAGAGGCCCCGUGCAGCUCAGGGCCAUGUAGUGUGGAGUUUACUACCACCCCCAUCCUGAAUGCAACAGUCCAGUCUGACUACAAACAGCACAGAAGACUCUUCACUAAAGAUGGUUUGUUGUGAUAAUAAGGGAAUUCACUGCUGCACAAAAGGAAUCAAUUUGCACUACUUGCUGAUGAAAGAUCCCAAAACCAAAUCUGUGUGAGCUUGAUGUUUGUUUCUUUGGUUUUAAAAAGCUGUAAUAAAAAGAUGUGAAAGAAGGUUAAUCUGGGACAUGACAUCAAUUAUUGAAUGUGUCUUUAUGAAAAGUGAAGAAAUGCGUUUUUAGCCAAAUGCUGUAUUUAACCAUCACAUCAACUUCACCUCUCUGAUUCUGCAUGACAUUUUCAUUCAAAGCCUUUUUUCUCUUCACAAAAGGAUUAUUACCAAUUGAAAUACUGUCAAACCACCAUAGCAGCCUGUAUUUCAGAGAAAGUUUUAUUUUUUUAUGUGACAAACUCAAAAGGGAAAUACAAUAUAACCCUCUCUCAAUAUAUAUAUAUAUAUAUAUAUAUAUAUAUAUAUAUAUAUAUAUAUAUAUAUAUAUAUAUAUAUAUAUAUAUAUAUAUAUACUACAGAUGCAUUAUGGGACUGCUGAAAUGUAGCUUUUAUUCAUUUUGAAAUGAUUUUGCAUACACUCUGAACCUGUCUGAUUUAGUGAUUGUAAAGCAUUUUAAAAUUAAAAUAUGAUUUGAUAAUA